CUGGUGUAAAGCGUUAAUCUGUCUAUUUUAUCUUUCAAAAGUCUACCGAUCCCAGCCAAAGAAAGCAGAAAGACACAAUGAGUGCAGAAAUUCUGGAAAAAUAUGAGCAUUUGACGUUGCACACAUACAGCCUGGACUCAGACCUGGACUCCGAAACCUCGGAUUCAGACCUCGAUUUCGAGGUAGCCGCAACGGGGCCGCAACAGAAAAAGGAAAAGACGAUUACCGACCGGGGGGAUAUUGUUGAAAAAUACUCGCUGUCGAUAAAUCCAGAGCCAUUGAAAAAAGGGCCAAAGACCACGAAAGACCGCUCCAAUCGAGCUACCGUGGAACAGGUCUUAGACCCGCGGACCAUGAGGUUUUUGGCUAAAAUAAUCAACAAAAACAUCAUUUCCCGUAUUAAUGGAUGUAUCAGUACCGGAAAAGAGGCCAAUGUGUAUCACGGCGACCAUGAAGAUCCACUGGUCACCACCAGGGAGUUUGCUGUGAAAAUCUACAAAACUUCGAUCUUGGUGUUUAAGGACAGAGAGAGGUAUGUGGAUGGCGAGUUCCGGUUCAGAAACACAAAGAACCAGGGAAACCCGCGGAAAAUGGUGAAGGUGUGGGCGGAAAAAGAGUUCCGUAACUUGAAACGCCUCUACCUACACGGGAUUCCGUGCCCGGAACCGAUCGAGCUCAGAUCCCACGUGUUAGUGAUGGAAUAUUUGACUAAAGGAAAUGCACAGCCAUCGCCCAAAUUGAAAGACCACCCUUUCAAAGACACUGAAGAGAUUGUUUAUUACUACCAACAAAUGCUUUUCUAUAUGAGAAGAAUGUACAAGACGUGCCGCCUCGUACACGCAGAUUUAUCUGAGUACAACUCAAUAGUUCACAACGAUAAGCUCUAUAUCAUCGAUGUGUCUCAGUCGGUUGAGCCUGAGCACCCGAUGGCGCUUGACUUUCUUAGAAUGGACAUCAAGAAUGUCAACGACUUCUUUUCUAGAAAGAAAAUCAACGUGUAUCCUGAAAGACUUUUGUUCAAGUAUAUCACAGACGCAGAUGAACAGCUUGAGAUUUCUGGAGACUCCGAUGAGGAGUUGGGCAGAUACUUGGACAACUUGCCUUUGAAGUCCGAACUGGAGCACUCAAAUGCGGAGGACGAGAUCUUCAGGUCUUUGCAUUUGGUUCGGUCUUUGAACCAUUUGGAAGAGCGGGAUUUCGAAAAGUUUGCUGAGGGAAAAGUAGACACGCUCACUGACUUGGUGGUUAAGGAAAGACAAAGUGCAGAUGAAAGCCUGGAUUCGGAAAGUGAUGACGAAGACAGUGAUAGUGAUGAUGAUUCAGAAGAUGAGGAGUUCAGGCCUAAGAAGGAGAAGGAGUUAAAGGGCAAGAAGCAUGAGGAUAAGGACGAGAAAAAGGCUCGAAAGACAGCGGCCAAGACUGCUAAGGCUGACAAAAGGAAGACCAAGAUGAAGAAGCACGUCAAGAAGAAGUUGAUCAACAAGCGAAAGACCACGUAAUGCUGGUCCACAGCAGACCUGAUAUAGGUGAUGAAAGCAAAAUAUAGAGGCAUCGUAGGCGUUUUUGAACUAUAAGAGAAGGAUUUUGAAGAUUCACGUGGGGAAGAUGCCAGGAAGGCUUUGCGUUUAUGUGAAGCAGGCAGCUCGAUAAUCUUGGAAUCUAGCUUCUUUUGAUUUUCUCACUUAUACCAUAUACCUAAACUUUUUCGAG